AUGCCUCCGAGACUGCCGCUGCGACUUUUGUCGCAAUCUGUUUCAUCGAUUUCGUCCUCAAUUCAGUCCCAUGUCUCCCCUUCGUUCCUGUUUCUCCUACCGUCUAUCCAUACCCAGACCCGGGCAGCGUCUAUUCUAGCCUCCCUCUCGGACAAUCCAGGAGCUUAUAGCAAGAAAAUCCGACGUGGUCUUGGCCCUGCGUCUGGCAAGGGAAAGACGGGUGGUCGUGGUCACAAAGGUCAGGGUCAGCGAGGAACCAAGAAAUCAUACUUCAAUGGAGGACAAACGCCGGAUGAGGUUGUCCAUGGAGAGAGGGGAUUUGACAACAUAUUUGCCCUAAAAAUAUCUCCCGUCAACCUCGACCGCAUCCAAGACUGGAUCGAUCAAGGCCGCCUUGAUCCUUCACAGCCCAUCACCCUCCGAGAACUGGUCAAGUCUAGAUGUAUCCACGGAAUAAAGGAUGGAGUCAAACUCCUCUCACGUGGAGGAGAGGGUGCCCUCAAGCAGCCCAUCACCAUCAUCGUUUCGCGUGCCUCUGCCAGUGCCAUCCAGGCAGUCGAGGCAGCAGGCGGCUCCAUCACGACUCGAUACUACACCAGACACGCCAUAAAGAGGAUUAUCAGCGGGAAAACAGAUCCAUACGUCUCUCUUGCGUGGAAGGAUACUUCCGAGAAACUUGCUGAGGCUGCAGCCAAGGGCGAGGACAUUUCUCACGUCGACACCGAGCUCAUGCAGAAGAUUGGGAUGGGCGUUGAUAAGCCGCUCGUGAAGGGUAGUGGAUUCCAGUACCGCCUACCUGACCCAACCAGCCGAAGGGAUAUCGAAUAUUACCGUGAUCCAGCCCAUCGGGGGUACCUGAGCUACCUGGUCAAGGAAGGAGACAGCCCCAGCUUGUUCUUCACCCCGCCAUCCAAGGAGCAGAAAGCGAAGAAAGCUACGAAGAAGUCUGCAGAGAACAGGGUCUGGUAG